GAAAAAUGAAAGAAGCGAUCUGAUUGUUUGCUAUGGGCAACUCAGCAACUUCUCUUCUGGACAGAAAAUAUAUAGGUCAUCCUGAGGAACCAUACAGAUGUUAUUUAUGGAUCAUACUCUAAUGAUUGACAUACACCAUCUGAAGGGAAUACUUUUCACAUAUGCCUUGAAAUCAGGAGCUGCACAACACAAGAACUUCAGUUCUUCCUCUGCUUGCUUACCAUCUAAGCACAGCCUUAGUUCCUUCACUACAAAGAAAACAUCCAUUGGCCAUAAUGCCUUAUCACAUUUUGGCAGCAGAAGUGUGUACGGUACAGUCUCAGGUGGACAUGAGAUGUCAGUUGGAAGAUUUGGACAUGGGUACGGACACAACUUUGAUGGAUCUAGCCAUGGUUUUGGAGGAUCUACAGGAAUUACUUCCGUUACUGUAAAUCAAAGUCUACUGGCUCCAAUGAACCUAGAGAUUGAUCCAAACAUCCAGAAAGUGAGGACCGAUGAAAAGGAUCAAAUCAAAGGCCUUAAUAAUAAGUUUGCCACUUUUAUUGACAAGGUGAGGUUCCUUGAGCAACAAAAUAAGAUGUUGGAAACAAAAUGGUCUUUAUUACAAGACCAAAAAACAGCCCGGUGUCAGAUUGAGCCCUUGUUUGAGGCUUUUAUCAGUAACCUCAGGAGACAACUUGAGAAUCUGACAUGUGAGAGGGGUCGUCUAGAGGCGGAAAGAAGAAGCAUGGAGGAAGCAGUGGAGGAGUUCAAAUCGAAAUAUGAGGAGGAGUUAAACAGACGCACAGCUGCAGAAAAUGAAUUUGUGAGCCUUAAGAAGGAUGUUGAUGCAGCCUUUAUGAAUAAAGCAGAACUACAGGCCAAGGUUGAUUCAUUAACAGACGAGAUCAACUUCCUAAGGACCCUAUUUGAUGCUGAAAUCGCUCAGCUCCAGGCUCAGAUUUCAGAUACAUCUGUCAUUGUGUCCAUGGACAACAGCCGAGACCUGGACCUAAACAGCAUCAUUGCUGAGGUGAAAUCUCAGUAUGAGGAGAUUGCCAACAAGAGCAGAGCAGAAGCUGAAUCACUGUACCAAACCAGGUAUGAGGAGCUGCGUAUGACGGCCGGCAGACAUGGUGAUGAUCUACGUAACACUAAGCAUGAGAUUGCUGAACUCAAUCGUGUCAUUCAAAGACUCAAAGCAGAGAUUGAGAAUGUGAAAGAGCAGAGGGCAAAACUGGAAGCUGCUAUAUCGGAGGCUGAGGAGCGUGGAGAGAUGGCGGUCAGAGAUGCCAAGAACAAACUGACUGAGCUGGAAGAAGCACUACAGAAGGCCAAGCAGGACAUGGCUCGACAACUGCGCGAAUACCAGGAGCUGAUGAAUGUUAAGCUUGCCCUGGAUAUUGAGAUCGCCACCUACAGGAAACUACUGGAAGGAGAGGAAUGCAGGUUAUCUGGAGAAGGCAGUGGCUCUGUUAGCAUCUCUGUUCUGCAUUCUAGCAGUGGAGGCCAUGGAAGUAAUGGACAUCAUCACAAGAGCGGAUUCAGCACGGGAAGUUUGUCAUCCGGAAAAUAUAGUUCAGGACAUAACUGUUAAAUAGACACUCCUGCUUUUUAUUCUAUAUUUUGCCUUUCAUAGCUAUUUCUGGCAAUUCCCGUAGAGAAUUUAUGAAGUGGUGGUGCCUAUGUGCGACCCACAGCCCCAUUCUAACAGGAGACUUAGGUCCCUACUCUCAAGAUCCCCAUCAGCCGGAUUCUUCGCAUUCAGAUAGUUUUUCCCUAUCCUGUAGAUAGGAAAUAACUUUGCUAGUUGGGAAAACCCAUUUAGGAAAUAAUCAGCUCUAAAUUGUUAACCAAAUAUGGUGGAUUUCAAUGUGUUAAUGUCAUUUAAAAAUGUUUUGACAUGUUCUAGAGCAGUG